AUGAAGAGUCCAAUGUGGCCUUGCGAUUAUGACAAAUGCGAGAGGCCGGCUGUACGCAUCCUAGGCGACUGUGUGUUAUGCAGCAAACACCUUUGCUCUGAACAUCUACAGAGAUCCUAUCAUCGUUGCGCUACUCCUGAGGAUGGAGAUCUUUUCUAUCAGGAGAUCGCGAAGGCAGAAGAUCACGAAAUCGCGCAGCUGGUGAAUCGAAUUGACCUGGAGCGGCUCAGCCUGAGAGCGAGUUCUCUACGUGAUGAUGUCUCUUGUCGCAUCGAGGUUCCCACAGAUGAAAAAAACGAAAGGAGCUAUCUGAUGGGUGGGAUGAACCUUCACCUCCGCAUCGUGUUCGAAGACGGAAUCAUCUGGUUAGCGCGCGUUCGUCGCUCCAAUGCGACAUCGCCACCGCCGCACUUACAAGACUACAUCAUCAGGAGUGAGAUUGCAACAUUACGUUCCCUCGAAACAACUAGCAUACCUACCCCAAAAGUUUGGGAUUAUGAUAUAGGAGGAGAAAAUCCUGUUGGAGUCGGUCACAUCCUCAUGGAUUGCAUGCCUGGAAAGCCCCUUGACUGGUCAUCGACAUCAAAAGAGGGAAGGGGAAAGGUCAUUGCACAGCUCGCAGAUAUCUAUGUUGAGCUACAGAGAUUCCAAUUCGGACAGAUGGGCUCCAUGAAUCGGGUCGGCGAGAAUGCUGUGGGCCCCUUUGCUCGAGAAUGUUUGACUGAUUCCGCGGGACCGACAAUGCAGCCUCUCGGUCCCUUCGCAGAUUUGCGAGAAUAUUAUCGAGGCUCCACUAAUCUACUUUUGGAUCUUAUCCAUCGCGGAGAAUUGAUCUACAAGUUCCUCAACGAGCAAUUGGCGAAUGUUUACCCCGAUGAGGGAAAUCCCCCCACAGGAUUCUACCUCACUCAUGCUGACGACAAGGGAAGCCAUAUUCUCGUUGAUGCAAAAUCGAAUAUCACUGCAAUCAUCGAUCGGGAGUGGGUUUUCGUAGCACCUGAACCACUAGCCUUCAACUCUCCGAUGCUACUGCUUCCAACCUCGGACUUUUUCAAUGGUGAGAGCAGAAUUGGCAAGGAGGAGCAGCUGUUUGCCGAGUGUUUGGAAGAGAGAGGAGCCAAGGACUUGGCAAAGAUCGUGCGAAAUGGCAGACUGCAUCAUCAACUCGCCUUUCUCUGUACUCUUGAUCUGUGCCUUAGCUUUGAAGAUCUGCUAGGCCUGUUCAAAGGGUUUCGGAGCAGUAUGGGGGUCGACCACCAAUACAGCUGGCAGGAAUGGAGGCAGCUAUCUUUAAAGCGGUUUGGUCAGGACGAUAAGUUGAAAGACAUUCUGGCGAGGUCUGGAUGA